GACAAUGUACUUAGUACAAACCUCAAAUUCUUCAAGUCACCCUUUUUCAUUUUCGACCGUUUAUAUUUAAAAUUCGAUUCAUAUUCUGCGUCAUCUAUUCUUCAAAUACCGAAGCUAACAAAAUUACGACAUCUAGUGACAGAAAGUUCUUUAACAACUUCAUUAUGAAAUUCCUUUUCACACUGACAUUUCUCUUUGAUUAUUUUUUCCCUCUUGGUUUUGUAAACAAAACAAAAUAAUGAAUUUCCUACCCACACUUCGUGAAUUAAAUAUAAAUUUUACAAGAAAAAUAUUUUUGCGAUACGCAUCUGAAUCAACAAUAUUCAACUUAUCAUCUGGUUAUGGCAAAUGUGGAGUGUCGGUCAUUCGGGUUUCGGGGCCGCAAACAAGAGACACUUUACGUGCUAUUGUUUCCAAGAACUUUGUCCCCAAGGAUCGAUAUGCCACACUGAGAUCCCUAUACCACCCGGUAACUAAUGAAAUGAUUGACAAGGGACUCGUGAUAUGGUUUCCAGGACCAAAUAGUUUUACUGGAGAAGAUUCUUGUGAAUUUCAAGUUCAUGGUAGUUUGGCGGUAGUUGAGGCAAUGUUUGAUGCAUUGGGAAGUAUCCCUGGGUUAAGGUUGUCACAACCUGGGGAAUUCACAAAACGUUCCUUCUUCGCUGGUAAAUUAGAUCUUACUGAAGUUGAAGGUUUAGCUGACUUAAUUCAUGCUGAAACGGAAGCACAACGCAAACAAGCACUUCUCCAAAGCACUGGAUCUCUUUCAAAGGUAUACAAAAACUGGCGCGAAAGACUAAUAAAAUGUGUUGCUCAUAUGGAAGCUUAUAUAGAUUUUGCUGAAGACGAAAAUAUCGAAGAUGAUCUUUUAGAGAAAUUAAAAACUGAAUUACUUUCCUUACGAGAAAAUAUUCAAAACCAUUUAAAUGACCAUCGGCAAGGUGAAAUCCUGCGUCAUGGUGUUCGCACCACAAUAAUUGGUGCCCCAAAUGUGGGGAAAAGUAGUUUUCUAAAUUUAAUGUGCCAACGCAAGGUGUCUAUAGUGACGCCAAUUGCUGGAACUACAAGAGAUGUCAUCGAAUCGUUCCAUAAUAUUUGUGGUUAUCCGGUUUUGUUUGCCGAUACAGCAGGUCUGCGUACAUUAACUGACGAUGUUGUGGAGAAGGAAGGUAUUAGUCGUGCAAAAGAUCGUAUUGGGAAAUCUGAUCUUCUUUUGCUAAUUGUUGAUGCCACAGAAUUAAGUAAGAGGAAAAUUACAAACAAAGCAUUCUUUGAGGGUUUUAAAGAGCAAUAUCUCAAGGAAUUGGGAAUUACUACAGAUUUGCUCAGCGAAACAAGUCUGUUGGUAAUUUUAAAUAAAGUAGAUCUAAUCUCCUCGGAAGAUCUUGAAAAAUUGAAAAAUUUAGACGUUGCUUUAGUGUCGUGUUUAACGACAAAAAUGGAAAACCUUUUUCAGAAAAUGGAGGACAAACUUAAAUAUAUAUGCAGUCAACCGACAGCAGAUAAUCCACGUCUUACUAAUUCUCGCUACAGGCAAGAGUUGAUUAGCUGCAGCAAUUAUAUAACAGUAUUUUUGGAUAACUAUACCACAAAUCCAAAUCAGGAUUUAGCAAUAGCAGCACAAACUCUUCGAAAAGCAGUCAAAUGUAUUGAAAAAAUAACUGGUAAUGUGAGUACGGAUGAUAUACUUGAUGUAGUAUUUCGAGAUUUUUGUAUUGGAAAAUAAAUCUAAAAAUAAAUGUUUACAAGCAGAGUUAUGUUUUUGGCUAGGGUUCAUCAGAC